GCCGUCUGCGCGCUGUCCAGGGCACACUCCAGCUAGCUCCACAGCAGCACCGCCCACCACGCCUACAACAUGAACCGCUUUCUGGUGAUCUCUUGCGCCGUGCUGCUGCUGCUGGGCAGCGCCGCCGCCCAGAGGGAGGAGCUGGAGCCGGAGGCGGAGGCCCGCCCCCAGGCCGCCGCCCCCGCGCAGGACACGGAGCCCGUCGAACAGCCGGGAGUCCGCCCCCGCGACAAGCGCGGCUUCCUCGCUGCCGCCGCCGCCCCCCUCGCCUACCCCGCAGCCGCCGCCUACACCUUCCCGGCUGCGGCCUACACCGCCCCCGCAGCCUACGCCGCCGCCCCUCUGGUGGCUAAAGCAGCCUUCGCCGCCCCCGCAGCCUACGCCGCCGCCCCCGCAGUCGCCGCUCCGUUGGUUGCCAAGGCCGCCUUCGCCGCCCCGGCCGCCUACGCCGCCCCUGCCGCCUACGCCGCCGCUCCGGCGGUCGCUGCUCCGCUGGUGGCCAAGGCCGCCUUCGCCGCCCCUGCAGCCUACGCCGCCCCCGCUGCCUACGCGGCACCAGCCGCCUACGCCGCCCCCGCCGCCUACGCCGCCCCCGCUGCCUACGCCGCAGCCCCCGCAGUCGCCGCUCCACUAGUAGCGAAGGCAGCCUUCGCCGCCCCUGCCGCCUACGCGGCCCCCUUGGUUGCCAAGGCAGCCUACGCUGCAGCCCCCGCAGUAGCCGCUCCACUGGUGGCUAAGGCGGCCAUCGCCGCCCCCGCUGCCUACGCGGCUGCUCCUGCGUUCGCACACUACGCCUACUACGGCUAGAUGCGGUUAUCCACUGCGGUUAAACCCAACAGUCUUGUCGAGCUCUGCAACGUCCCCCCAAGAACCACCUCCUUCCACGAUUUAACUUCACAAAAUCCUGUAUCACGUCCUCAUGUUUUCCUACCUCGUUCCAUCAGUGUACCAUCUUUUCUUGUUUUCCUCAGCCCGAGGAAUGUUUACUCGCAGAGAUUGCCAAAAGACAUCCCCUCUCCUACACAUUCUUAAAAGGCUCGGAGCCGAAGAAAUAGUGUCAUCUUUCAAACGGUAGCCCACAGUCCCACCUUAGCAUGUCUGAGUACUAGUCUUCAAACCCUUCCUGCCGUUACUGCAUUGCAGUUCUAACGUUAGAGCUACACCACAGUUUCUUACAACGACCAUUUGUCCUUGCACAGCGCGGUUACACAAAGAAAGUAUACCUCUUGCACUGCGUCUUGCGCAUGCAGGUAUCAACAGGAAACCUAAGUCCGCUCUUUCAACGAAGUUAACGCUAAGUACAUACGACUAUUAGUUUUUUAAGUGCAAACGCCGUUUUCUUGUUCCAGUAAGAAAAACGCGUUGGAAUUCAUAAAACUAAUACUUUAAUGCUUACCGCGGAAAACGACUGCGUAACAAAUCUGAAAUACGCCAAUAUUGGCUUCAGGUGAAUCACACAUUUCUCAUGGCUCCACAGAUGUGGAAAUCCAUACGUAUUCCAUUCUACACGUUAUAGGAUACUCUCCCUGUUGCUGUUUCUCUGUAUGCAGUCUGCUGAUACUUAGUUGCACAACAAAAUGGUCUGCUUUCUCUUCGCUAUGAGGUGAAAUGUAUUGACUAAUAAAUUCCGCGUAUCAUCAAAACAGCUCGGGAUUGGUGGAUAGUCUAUUUCACGAUUCGAUCUGCACGUGUUCUAAAUCCCCACGUUAUCUUUUCCAAAACCGGCUGCAAUGCAGCGGGUGAACAGACCCGGGCGAAAUUUGUAGAAUUGUGUUUCCAUACUACGAACUUCUGCCUACCAUCUGACUACCUUGCGCUUUAAUUUUUCCCGGAAUCAAGCUGUAAGCACCAUAGAAAACCAUUCUCUUAUCGGGACUCAAAUCAUUCUACACCAAUGAAAACGAGACAUUCCUAAUCGUAUAUGUCUCAGGAGACAUACUUACACUUUUUCGAGCCUGGAAGUAAGUUUUGAAUGUGGAAACUGCCUUUCCUGCAAACUGUAAAAGAAGCACUAGGAAUACUGGUGUGGAUCAAGGAUACAAAAAUAAAAUGUUAGUGUUCUGACAUACAAAUACUCCACACCCAGCAUUCAAACCAAAGCUCUAAUUUUCCGCACUGCUUUUCGCUCCCUAUUCCAGUUACUCAUCUCGACGCUCUCUCUCUCUUAAAGAGUGACACACAUGUCGUACACGCAUUCUGUGUUGGCUGUCCUUCCGAAGAAAAACUGCCGAGACGUGCCUGGAAAAACUCCAGCUAACGGAGGCAAAAGAAAUUCCGACGCGAAACCCACUUCACCGCUUCGGAUCACGUGGGAAGGUUUCUCGCAGUUCGCGUGACUUCUGUUCCAAAGGAGAAAUGUCCGAUUUCCACUCUCGCAACAGCGUUCGUCCAAGCAGCUAAAUAUAGAUAGCUGCGUCCUUUCCACUUCCAGUGAAAACAAGUCGAUAGCUUCGACUACGGCUCUGCGUCUUCGUAAACUUGAUGGUACACAACUCCAAAGUAUUCCUUAGUCAUUUGUACUGCAGCCGAAUGUUUUUAACGAGGCAAUCGGAACAAAUGGUCUCCCAGUUAAAAGAUUUCCCUACUGCUCCCUGUCGUACCCUCGACUUCCUUUGAAGGUUCCAGAGCUUGUUCAGACUCAUACCUGUGAACAUCCCACUGUAAGAUCCAAUUGUUACGAUACUGUUAUUGUACAUAUUUGUUACUUUUUUUCACCGCCCAUGUUGUAUUUAGAAAAUAAAAAUAUUGUUCGCAUCUCA